ACUACAAUCUUUGUUUAUGUGUGGUGCGCUCCGAUUGGAACCUUCCCGAAACUCAGAUAUGUCGUUCUUCAACUUGACCCACACGGGCGUCCAGGACCCGUUCAAGACUGCUUCGUACACCAACAAAGACGAAAACGACGCUGGAACGGAAAGGGGAGACGCACGGAGCUAUCAGUCAGAAGUAAACCAAGCAAGUUAAUGUCAAAUUCCUCCUCUAUAACUCCCGUGUCUCUCCAGACCAAUGAGCCAGGAGAAACCUCCGUAGUACAGCAGGACGAGUCCACGACGGGUCCCUCGCACGUCCAGACCAUGUAUCUUCCCUCGGAGACGGGGGAGACAGGUCGCGACUGGCACAGAGGAUCCCACGUCCGCUACACCGAGCUCCUGAGGAAACACCAGCGACAGCCUCAGGGGCCAACAGAGUUGUACCAGCAUCCCCUCACUACAUCCAGUGAGUAUGGAUGGUGGUUAAAGGACGGCUCUCCUCACAGAGAGCAGUGGGCACAGAGCGAGAGACACGUCUAUGUCAACAGCGAAAUGACUCGGUUUGUUGAUGAUAUGAGUCUCACAAACAAAGAGUUUUCACUCUACUAAACUGCCUCAGACUUUAUUCUUCAAUGUUUCUCACACUAUCUACCACAAUUGUUAUCAUUUCAAGUAGUGAUAUAAUUAAAAAUAAGAUGAAGUGAGAUUUAUUCUUCGUUGGUUUUGCUGUAAUUUGGCAUACAGUCUCUCCUAUACUCGUCCAUGUUGGCCUGUACCAGCCUCUCCUCCAUACAAUCCAUGGCUGUUGGGUCCCACUCCAGAAAAUACUUGUUGAAGAAAAACACGGGCCGCUGCGAACGGACGCCGAGUUUUUCAAUUUGAGCCAACUCUGCUGCCGUAAGAAUGCAUAUAGAGUGUACAUUUUUCUGACCAGGACAGUAAUCGCCUAAGUGGUGUUCUUGCCAUUUGCGGUUGACCCAUAUUAUAUUGUCCACUAGUGGGAUGUCAGACUUCCUCAGUAGUUGUUUCGGUGGUCGGGCACCUUUUGCCUGAGGAAGAGCGUACAGUGAUGAGUAGAAGUGUUCCUCUGGAUCAUACACUGUGCUGAGGUAGCCGUGAAGCUUUCGGGAUAGAGGAUCAUAGAGUAGGAAGUGGACAAACGCUCGACUUGCCGCUAUAAAGUUCAUACUUUUGUAUAAUUCUAUCCCUUUCGGUGGCUUUGCUUGCUUCACUUUUGUAGGUUCC